CGGCCCGCGAAAGGAUGUUGUGCGCAUGUGCAAUGAGUCGGGCCCCCACCGAGAGGGAAGGCACUGGCUGGCAGUCCUAAUGGCGGAAAAUGUACGCUCGCCUUUCGACUACCGGGAGCCGCCGACGCUCGACAGCGACGGGGACGGCGGCAAGCCGCCUCCGCCGCGGGGUCGCAUGUGUGGAAGAAAGCGUAAGGGGACCCCUGUGAAGGUAUGCGACCGAGCGUACGUCACGGAAGAUGAGGAGGAAAGCAUGUCUGAGCACAGCUACAGUCCUGGUGACGGCCAAUACCCGGAGGGUGCCGAGGAUGGCCUCCCUCCCCCUGGGAGUCCCUACUACCUGGCAGAUCCUGCUCAGCUCUGGUAAGGAUGGACCCGUUACCAUGCGUCCCGGAGCUCGGCGAAGAAGGGGCGGCCGGCGUGCGGGGACCCGUGCUCUUCCACCCGCCGCCCAAUUGCAGGAUUCGGGAGGUCCACUGCGGGACUCAGGUCCGGCUGGUCGUCAUAGCGAUCCGAGACAUCGCCAAAGGGGAGGAGAUCACGGUGGACUACAGCCUGACAGACUGGGGCGAAAACGCCAUGGACGAGGAGGCGGGCCCCCACUCGUUGUCGCUCUCCGUUUCGGAUUACCUCACCCCCUCCUGGUCACUGUCGCCCUCAUCCUCGCCGCUCACCCACUCCGAACCCAGCGAUUCGGACCGCGAGGAGGACGAGGAGGAGGAAGAGGAUGACGACGACGAGGAGGAGGAGGAGGAAGAGGAAGAGGAGAUGGAGGACAUGCGGGGCCGGAUGCUUCGCCGGCGGAAGAAGCGCAAAAUCCACACUGCGGUCAGCGUCAAGAAGAAAAGCACAGCCGCCUCCUCCCGCGGGCCGGGGCGCCCCUGCUCGUCCUUCUCUGCGCCGCCUGGCAGGUCAAACACGCAGGCGGUCGGCGCCCUGGCCCCCCCGACCACCAACAUCAACAAUAACAUCAACAUAAACAUUGGCAGCUCCAGUGGCACCCCGGCGAGCCGGCGGCAGCACUGUAUGUACUGCGGGCGCCACUAUCGCUCUUUGUCGCGCCACCUGGAGAAGCAUCACGCCAACCAGCCCGAGGUGCGCUCAGCCAUGGAGCUGGCGCACCUCCGCACCCACUCCAAUGGCAACCCUUCACACGUCUCCACGACUCACGGUCAUUCCUUUGCAGUCCCGCAGCCUUCCUCCCUCGGACCGGUGGCGCCGCCCGCGCUCUUCACCAAGGAGCGCGAAUCUCUGGGCACCCGCUCGGGCGCCGUUUCUUUUUCUCUCUCCCUGUCGCCGCCCGCGCAAAAGAAGGCGGCGUCCGGCUUGCCGUUGACGACCACCAAGUGCGUCGCCCCUUUGGCGGCGCCGAGGGUUAAGAGCCCCGCACCUCCUCCGCCGUCUCCUCCGAGGAGAGGUCGCAGGAUGAAGAGCGAGAAGGUUGAAGAGCAGCAAAAAGUGGAGGCUGAGCGGGUGCAGGAGGAUCUCGCUCCGCCUCCGACGCCCGAGCCAGACAUCGAUCCGGAGGAAGAUCUCGAUCUGAGUGCGGACGGAGACGGUGACGCAUCAGAGGAGAAGAACGGAGAAACCACCAGGUCGCGCCGGCACCAUAUGUCUCCGCUGCUGUCGUCGCUCUCCUCGCUGGUGGUGUACCUGCGGCAGCAGCAGCACGCCGCCUUCCUGUCGCUGGGCCGCUCCCCCUCCGCCGAGGCCUGGCGCCAGCUCUGCCACACCAGCCUCUCGCUCCUCAUCCUCUUCAACCGCCACCGCGAGUGCGAAGUGGCCAAGCUCACUAUCCUGGAUUACCGCAAGCGGGCCGCCCCCCAGGAGAGCUCCUGCGGCGGCUCCCCUUCCGGCACCGAGGGCCUCCUGUCGCCCUUUGAGCGCAGGGUCCUCUCCCACCUCCCGAGGGUCGGCGUCAUGGGAAAGCGUGGCCGCGUCCAACCCCUCAUUCUGCCGCCCAACUGCGAGUCCUGCCUCGACCUUCUCCUUCAAACCAGCACCGAUGUCGGCGUGGACCCCGAGAGCCCCUACGUCUUCUCCCGCCCCUAUCACUCCCCCGCCACCCCGCUCCGUGGCACGGACCUCCUCCGGAACCUGGCACGGGCGAGCGGCGUCAAGAACCCGGGUGGGAUCACGGGGACGCGGGUCCGCCGGCAGGUGGCCAUUCUCACGCAGCUCCUGUUCUUGGAGGAGGGUCAGGCCCCGGGCUGCGCCACCAAGCGGCUGGAGAACUUCCUCGAGACCGAGUACCACGUGACCCAAAACUGCUCCUCCAUCUCACGGGAUGCGGCGCUGAUGGGCCGGGUGGGGCGUGUGGUUCUGUACGGUGAGAAGGAAGGCGUGCUGUUCCGUGGUAUGAGCCUGCAGCACAUCUGUCUGGAGUUGGACGUGAUGUCCGGCAACUCUGUCGACUCCUUCUCGGAAGGCUCUGCGGCGGAGGACGUGAAGCAGGAAGUGCCGGAGAAGGCGGAGGUGGUCGUGAAGAAGAAAGGACCGGGAAGACCCCCGAAGAAGAAGAGGGCGCUAACUCCUUCGGCAGUCAGCCCGACACUUGCCAGCGCCCCGAAAAGGAGGUCACUCCCGCCCAAAUCAGGAAAACGGGGGGUGCUGAAGCGUCCCUGGUCGGAGGCGGAGCGCGUCGCCGUGGAGACGCACCUCAAGCGCAAUCUGGUGGAGCUUCGCGUGCCCGCCAAGGCCGACUGCGAGCGCUGCCUGGAGCUGUGCCCGCUGCUCGUCAGCAACCAGCGCGACUGGCGGGCCAUCAAGUUCUACGUGCACAACCGCAUCCAACUGCUGAAGAAGCAGGGCCGGCGGGAGAGCGCCGCCAUGGCCGCCGCCGCCGCCGCAGUCUGUUGAGCCGGGACGAAGGCGACGGGUGAGUUGGGAAGCACCAGCAAAAGCCUCUUUUGUGUAAUAUAAAGGUGCCCUACCCUACCCUGUCCUGUGAGCAUAAUAAUCAUACAUUGAGGAUGCAAGGAAUUCAUUCCAGGUUAAAUCCCCUCAUUUGGGGUAGUGGGGGCCAUUUACUCUCACACUUCUCCUCUUUUACCAUCAAAGGCACCCGUAGCCACAAAAAAGCCAAAGAAAAAAAAAAAAAAAGUGGCGUUUGACCUUGGGGUGGGGGUCGCAGGCCAGGAAUGGUGCGAUGUGGACAAACUGCACGUGUAGUAGCAUAACGUUAAUGUGGGAGCCAUUUGGAUGACCAAACAUGAAUGUGGAAAGCUCGUCGGCCGGGCCUUUUCAAAGCGGCGCUUCUCAAACUGGGGUCACCGGACGCACGGAGGGGCCCGUCAGGCAUAGCUUGAGGGGCCGCAAAAUUGCAAUUAAAUUGCGCUAUCGUUUCAAACAGUGCAGUUUUUUUUUUUUUUUUUUGGACAAACAAAGCUAAGAAGAAAAAGUAUUGUGAGAAUAAAGCUGUAUUUAAUUAACUUGUUAAAAUAGGAAUUUCUGCUCUUGGUAAAUGUAUUUAAUAUCAAAUUAUGGCCGCAUCUUUCGGUGGCCUCUUAGGCUGACAAAGUUCCAUCUUUGUUGUAUGGAUUACGGGUUUUAUUUUGAAACAAAUACAACUUUGUCACUUUCUUUUCAGUACAAAACACAUUCAGAUGUUAUUUCCGUAAAAUACACAAUUUUUGGACAUAUUUCUCCCCUGUCGGGUGGGGCGGGCUUGGACCCAGGAAGUUUGAGAAUGUCUGCUUUAAAGCAGUGUUUCCCAACCUUUUAUUAGGCAGGGGCGCGUUUUACACGAAAAUGUGACGGCGCUGCUUUCAAGGCCCGGCCGGACAUGGACUGCGCGUCUUCUCAGCUGAUAUCAUUUUUGUGUACAGUGUGUUUAUGUAUUAUUAUUAUUAAAAAAAAGACAAAAAAGUCUUUAACCAUGACGCAAGUGUGACGUGGUGGUGGUGGCAUACCUCUGCAGAGGCUACUGAUCUUCAUCUGAAAAAUAUUGUAAUUAUUCUACAGUUGUGAUCUGAAAGUUUUUGUCUUCUCUGUACAUACUUCAUUGUACAUACUAUCUGUAUUAAAGUCAAUAACUUUUUUUUUUUUUUAACUGGGAUUUUGAUGUGUUUUUGGGUACAGUUUCACAAUAUUUCAGGGAGGAAGAUCUGAAUUGUUGUGCUUGAUAUUCACCAUGAUUAAAGGAAUCACCUUUGUUGUGUUUUUUGCAAUCUCUUACGAUUUUUUUUUUUUUUUUUGGUAAAGUUUUGAAAUGUAUCAAAUGUUUUCGCAGGUUAUUUGUAAUACAUGAUUUUUUUUUUCUAUCCAAGUUUUGUACUAAAGUAACCCUCUCCACCCCCCCCCUCCCAAAAAAA